GUUUCAGUACGAGCUUGGCAUUUGCUGACGACGCCGACUUUGGUCUCUUUGCGUCUCUUCGUUUGUCUCUGUGUGUGUGUCUGUGUGCGUAGUGCGUCAUUGCAGACCUCACCUAAGCCCCCGCUCAGCCACCCACAAGCUGCAUUGUGCAAUCGGACAGCAACAAAACAACAACAGCAAAAAAACAUAGAAACCAAAGGUAAUACAGCAAAAGGCAACAAAACAAAACAAAACAAAACAAGAAGAAUGUCAACGUCGCUGCUGCCGCCGCUGCUGUUGGCAGCGCUGCUCUGGUGCUGCUUCUGCCUGCGCUGCAGCUGGGCGAUUGAGUGUUACGUAUGCGAUGCCAGCGACACGCAGAAUCCGUUCCAGUGCGGCGAAUGGUUCGAGCGCUUCGAUCAGCCGGACAUCCAGCCGCAGAACUGUUCCAGCGUACAUGGCGCCACCUUCUGUGUGAAGCAUGUGGGCCGCUUCGAGGGCGGCAUCGGGGCGAAGCGUUUCUGCAGCUCCAAGGAUUUGGGCAACUAUUGUGACUAUGUGCGCAAUAAGGGCGAUCGCAUGGAUUAUCGCAGCUGCAUCUACACCUGCGACACGGAUGGCUGCAAUGGCGCCAAUCAACUGAGCAGCAGCGGUGCUUGGGGUGUGGCAGCGCCACUGCUGCUGCUGUUAACGAUCUGGCAACGCUGCUGAAAUGAUAGACCAGGCCAGCCAAAGAGCGAGAGAGGGAGAGCGCGGGGCGCGCGCAUCACAAACAUAGCUUUGUAAACAAAACAGACAAACAAACGCAAACAGCUUGUUGUUGGCUUUGAUUACCUAUAUUUCUUCUUCUCUUUUUUUUUAUUAUUAUACAAACAAAAAUGUACGUUUUUUUUUAUAUUGUAUCUAUAUAUAUACACACGUAAGUUAAGCUAAGUUGAAUAUGAGUAAAGUUUCUCACACAACAAUAAAA